AUGGCCCCCAAAAACGAUCCCACUGAGAUCAAGGUGAUCCACCUGAGAGCCACUGGAGGCGAAGUUGGCGCUUCAUCGGCGCUGGCUCCCAAGAUUGGUCCUCUCGGUCUAUCCCCCAAGAAGGUCGGAGAAGAUAUUGCGAAGGCAACUGGUGACUGGAAAGGUCUCCGUGUCACAGUGAGGCUCACCAUCCAAAACCGACAAGCCGCCGUUUCCGUCGUUCCCUCCGCUUCCUCGCUCGUCAUCAAAGCCCUUAAGGAGCCUCCCCGCGACCGAAAGAAGGAGAAGAACAUCAAACACAGCAAGUCGAUCCCCUUAGAUGAGAUCAUCGAGAUCGCCCGGACAAUGAGAUUCAAGUCGCUAGCGAAGGACCUCAAGGGAACUGUCAAGGAGAUUCUUGGAACCGCUUUCAGUGUUGGAUGCCAGGUGGAUGGACGGAGUCCCAAGGAUAUCAGCGAUGAGAUUGAUAGCGGGGAGAUUGAGAUUCCGGAUGAGUGA